AUGACAGACAAAGCCACUAGAGAGGAGGGAGCCACGGCCGUGACCGACCUGCUGGAAAGACUGCUGGAACAUUGGGCAGAAGAAUCCUUACAGCCAUACUCGCCGAUCAACCUAAUCGAAUUCCUCCACGAGUCGGAUGAGGCGAACACUUUGGCCUUUGACGACUUGGGAACGGCGCCCGCCGAAAUGGAGGAUGACUACCCCGAGGUCCAAGACCCGUUAUUAGAAAUAAAUGUGGAAACCGAGUCCGAACCACAACCUCUUUUUGUAAGCCAGUUUUUGAGCCCUGAAUUAGCCGCUGAGAUUAUCGGCCUGCUUCAUGAAUAUAAGGAUUGUUUUGCUUGGGAUUAUCAUGAGAUGCCUGGAUUACCAAGAAGUUUGGUCGAGCACGAACUAAAAAUUAGGAAGGGGUUUAGGCCUUUCCAACAGCCGCCGAGGCGAUUCUCGACCGAAGUACAGCUUAAGGUCAAAGAGGAAAUUGAACGGCUCCUUGAAGCCGGCUUCAUCCACACGGCUCGGUACGUUGAGUGGCUGCCUAACAUUGUACUGGUGUUGAAAAAGACUGGGGCUUUGAGGGUCUGCACCGACUACAAAAAUCUAAACCUCGCGACCCCCAAGGACGAGUAUCCCAUGCCUGUGUCCGACCUCCUGGUGGACGUAGCCGUGAAGCACGAGCUCUUGUCUUUCAUGGACGGCCACGCUGGCUACAACCAAAUCUUCAUAGCCGAGGAAGAUGUCCACAAGACGGCGUUCAGAUGUCCAGGUGCAAUCGGGACUUAUGAAUGGGUAGUCAUGCCAUUCGGCCUGAAGAACGCCGACGCAACGUACCAACGAGCUAUGAACCUUAUUUUUCACGACCUAAUUGGCCGAACGGUCGAAGUCUACAUCGACGACGUUGUUGUAAAAUCCCCAUCCAAAGCCGACCAUGUAGGGCAUCUCUGA